AUGUACAUCAACUCUCCUGGUGGCUCUGUCACUUCAGCAGGUUUAGGAAUGGCCAUUUACGAUACCAUGACAUACAUCAAGUCACCAGUUUCGACAGUAUGUAUAGGAGGCGCUGCGUCAAUGGCAGCUAUUCUUCUCGCAGGAGGUGAAGCCGGCAAGAGAUUCUCGCUCCCUCAUAGCUCAAUUAUGAUCCAUCAACCUCUUGGUGGGACUAGAGGUCAAGCAUCGGACAUUAUGAUUUACGCGAAUCAGAUCCAAAAGACACGAGAGCAGUCCAACAGGAUAAUGCAAUACCACCUCAACAAAGCCAAAGGUCAUGAGAAGUACUCGCUGGAGGAGAUCAACGAUUUGAUGGAGCGAGACAAGUACCUAAGUCCAGAAGAAGCCCUAGAUUUGGGCGUUAUCGACGAGAUCCUAACCAAAAGGCCGGAAACGGAGUCGGAAAAGAAAGAGGGGCAAUCCGACGCACCCAAGACGAGCUAG